AUGGCUGCCGAUAUGGAUACCCAGCGCAAGCUGGCUCGCAUACUGCUCAUUGAGCUUAUGGCAUACCAAUUUGCUUCCCCAGUACAAUGGAUUGAAACGCAGGACGUAAUCCUCUCUCGCAGGGAGUGCGACAAGAUCGUCGAAAUCGGGCCCACUCCGACACUCGCGGGCAUGUUUCAGCGAACUAUCGACAGCAAAUACCAGACUCAGGAGUGCACCAGGCCUAAACCGCGACGACUCUUGAAUUCAGAGAAGAACACUCAAGAAGUUUAUUUCGAAGACUCCCCCGGUGUCGUUGAAUCUAAGCCGAAGGAAAGGACAAAUGACGCAGCAAAACCAGCUGCUAAACCAUCUCCUGUCAAAAGAGAAGUGGCUCCGGUAGCGCAACCAGAGACGGUAUCGGCACCGACGCCGAAGCCAACAACGAUAGAAAUCGAGGAUGAAGGAGUAAAGGCACAGUUGAUUGUGACUGCGAUAGUGUCACGAGCGCUCAAGAAGGCGCCGUCCGAUGUUGACUGGACCAAGUCUAUCAAAGUUCUUGCUGGCGGCCGCUCAACUUUGGAAAAUGAGGUCGUUGGAGACCUCCAUGCAGAAUUCGGCUCGCUCCCAGAGCGCGUUGAAGACACACCUGUGGCCGAGGUGUGGCAGGCGAUCCAGGCAAGCCACAGUGGUGUACUCGGAAAAGUGUCCACAAACAUGAUUAAUUCACUUUUCACUUCCAAACUGCCCAGUGGCUUCACCACCGCUGCGGCGCGAGAUCGACUUAAGACACAAUGGGGUCUUAAACAAGGGCGGCAGGAUUCUUGUCUACUCCUUGCAACGACAGAGGCACCCGUGGCGAGGAUUUCGUCUGAAUCCGACGCAAAAUCUUACAUUGACGGCAUUGUGGAGAGCUAUGCUUCGAAGAACGGUAUUCCUUUAUCGACAUCUCACGCCUCUGCGGACGGAGCCUCAGCCUCCAAUAUCAUGGUCGACCCAGAAGCAUUGAAAGCGAUGUCUGAGGCUCAGAAAGCGGUGUCGAGACAGCUCCUUAACAUUUAUGCCUCCCAGCUCGGUCUGGACCUGGGAGCGGAUCGACAAGCAUUAGACGCUCUCCAUAACGACAUCAAAACCGGGCUGCAACCAGAGCUGGAUCUCUGGACGGAGGAGUACGGGGAAGACUACACCAAUGGUAUCAGGCCACGAUUCGAUUUCCGCAAAAUCCGCACGUACGAUUCGGCAUGGAGUUGGGCCCGUCAGAGGCUCCUCGAGCUGUCCGAGCUGGUAACUUCAGCGCAGCGUGGAGAUGAACUCACCCUCGAUCAAGGGAAUGUCCUGCAAGCGUGCUACGCAAUUGCCAACGCGGCGGAUGAGACACUACUUCAUGUUAUCAAUGAGGUGUUGGCAAAGCUUGGGAACUCCGCAGUUCCGCGGCCUAUUUUCACUAAUCUAAAGGCUCUGUGCAAGCAUGUGCUGGAAUUCGGUCCAACCUUCAAAGGAUCCCCCAGACAGAUGGCGCCAUGCACAACUAUCGAGAAAGACGGAACGAUACGAUAUUACGAAAAGGAACGUGAAGAUAGAACUCCUUUUGCUCAGCUGGCAUCGCCAACACCUGAGGAUGGUGCUCUUCCCUAUAUCCACCUAAGGGAACAGCAGGGAGGUGCAUGGUACUACAGUCGCGCAUUGACGGCAAAAUUCCAGAAUGCGCUUACUCUGGUGCACGACCGAGGUUCAUCCUUCAAUGGGCAAACCGUGCUGAUGACGGGAGCGGGAAUUGGUUCAAUCGGAGCUGCGAUGAUCCGACACUUCCUACAGGGUGGAGCCAGAGUCGUUGUCACAACUUCCUCCCUGACUCCCGAGGUGGCGAAGGUAUACCAGAGUAUCUAUAUGGACCACGGUGCCAAGGGCUCUCAGCUCGUUGUUGUCCCAUUCAACCAAGCCAGUGUUAAGGACAUCGAAUCGUUGAUCGAGUAUGUCUAUUCGCAAAGUGGUCUUGGCUCGGACAUAGACUGCUUUAUUCCUUUUGCUGCUAUUAGUGAGGCUGGCCGACGACUCGACUCUAUUGACUCGAAAUCCGAGCUUGCCCAUCGCUUGAUGCUCACAAACGUCCUACGUUUGCUGGGCACCAUCAAAACCAGCAAGGAAAAGUAUCACUGUCAUACCAAUCCCACCCAUGUCAUCUUGCCUCUGUCUCCCAAUCAUGGAACCAUUGGUGGGGAUGGUCUAUACGGUGAGUCAAAACUGGGAUUAGAGACGCUGUUCAAUCGGUGGCACUCAGAGGAUUGGCAAGACUACCUGUCCAUUUGCGGUGCCGUCAUCGGUUGGACAAGAGGAACAGGUUUAAUGAACCAGAACGAUCUCAUUGCAGAGGGCAUUGAGGCGGCUGGCAUGCGGACCUUUUCUCAGGAGGAGAUGGCCUAUGCUCUGGUCUGCCUAUGUGUGCAGGAAAUGACUGAGCUUUGUCAGGAGAGACCCCUUUACGCAGACCUAACGGGCCGAAUGGCAGAGGUGCAGGGGCUCGGAGAAAAGCUGCAAACGCUGCGUCAGCAGCUCAAGGAAAGAAGCGAAAUACAGGCUGCGCUUCUCGCAGAAUCGAUACUAGAGCAGCAAUGCUCGACCACCGGCCAAUCUUCCCAACCGAACACCAGCUCGGACCGACUCGAGCAGAGAGCACAUGUGCGCUUGGACUUCCCCAAGCCGCUUGACUACGAUCGCGAUAUACGCAUUCUGGGAUCAGACCUCCAGGGAAUGGUGGACCUAGAUCGAACCGUAGUGGUGACGGGGUUCUCGGAGUUAGGGCCCGUGGGCAAUGCUCGCACGCGAUGGGAGAUGGAGGCAUAUGGCCAAUUCUCCCUUGAGGGCGCCAUUGAACUAGCCUGGCUCAUGGGAUACAUCACUCACUUCGCUGGAACAAUCGAUGGAGCUCCAUACUCCGGGUGGGUAGAUACCACGACCAAAAAGCCCGUCGCAGAUAUCGAUGUGAAAUCAAUCUACGAGGAAAGAAUCUUGACUCAUACCGGGAUCCGUCUGAUCGAGUCAGAUAGGAAGCCUUUCUUGCACGAGAUUACAUUGCAACAGGACUUGGAGCCUCUCGAUAUGCCUGAGUCGCUCGCAGAGCAGAUGAAGUCGGAGCAUGGAGAGUUCGCCGCAGUUCAACAAUCCACAACACCAGAUCUUUUCACGGUUCAGCUUCGCAAGGGUGCUAGACUCUAUAUACCUCGUGCAAUGCAAUCCACUCGCACAGUGGCUGGACUCAUUCCGACUGGCUGGGAUCCGCGUAUUUAUGGUAUCCCCGAGGAGAUCGUGUCUCAGGUCGACCGGGUCACGCUUUUCACCCUGGUGUGUACGGUUGAAGCGUUAUUGUCUUCCGGAAUCACUGAUCCGUAUGAGCUAUACCAAUACAUCCACGUGUCUGAGGUAGGGACAUGUAUUGGUUCGGGACUUGGAGGUGCCACUUCCCUAAACAAGAUGUUCAACGGGCGCCAAAGCGCUCACGACGUUCCGAAAGAUAUCCUACAAGAGACUUUCAUUAAUACCACAGGGGCUUGGGUCAAUAUGCUUCUGCUCUCGGCAAGUGGGCCCCUUCGCACCCCAGUCGGUGCAUGUGCCACAGCUGUUGAGUCUCUGGAAUUAGGGUAUGAUACCAUUGUCACUGGUAAAGCUAAGUUCUGUUUGGUCGGCGGCUGUGAUGAUUUUACGACAGAGACCUCGCAGGAGUUUGCCAAUAUGAAAGCAACUAGCAAUGCAGAGGAGGAAUUGGCAAAAGGUCGAGCUCCUCAUGAAAUGUCCCGACCGACCACGAGCACUCGCAGCGGCUUUGUGGAAUCCCAAGGUUCCGGACUCCAGGUGCUCACAACGGCAGCACUGGCGGUGAAAAUGGGCUUACCAAUUCGCGGUAUUAUUGCUUUUACCAGCACAUCUAGCGAUAAGGCCGGCCGCUCGGUGCCAGCCCCUGGAAAGGGUGUUCUUACCAACGCCAAGCACAUCGCCUCAAGGGUACCAUCACCUCUCAUGAAUAUCCGCAAUCGCCGGAAGCGGUUGGACUUCCGCCUCCGCCAGAUUGCAGAAGCGCGGGACGUAGCCUUGCAGGAUCUCGACUUCGAAGUGGCUGCGGUGGUAGCCCAGAGCUCGACUGUGGAUGUUGAGGCCUACGUCCAUGAGCGUCGACAGCAGAUAGCGGCUGACUUUGCCCGCGAUCAAAAGGACGCUCGCUUCAAUCUGGGUAACGACUUCUGGCGCAACGAGCCAAAUAUCGCACCACUUGCCGGCGCCCUUGCGACAUGGGGGCUUACCAUCGAUGACCUAGAUGUGGCGUCCUUCCAUGGCACGUCGACCGUGAUGAACGAUAAGAAUGAAUCCAGUGUCAUUCACCAGCAACUGAGCUCGAUGGGUCGACGAAAAGGCAACCUCAUCCUCAGCGUCUUCCAAAAAUCCCUGACCGGUCACUCCAAGGGUGCUGCGGGCGCCUGGAUGCUCAAUGGAGCCCUCCAGAUGCUCGACUCGGGGCUGGUCCCUGGUAACAGGAACGCUGAUAAUAUCGAUUCGAAGCUGGAGGAGUUUGCUGAUCUGAUCGCCUACGUGCAACGGCCGAUCCGUGUCCCCGAUAUCAAGGCCGUUUCCGUCACUUCCUUCGGUUUUGGUCAGAAAGGAGCGCAAGCCCUCUGUGUCCAUCCCCGGUAUCUCUUUGCCACUCUAGAUCGGGAAGAGUACCAUGCUUAUCUCGACCGCUGCACAAAGCGCAAGAGGAAGGCGGACAUGUAUUUCUACGAGGGAAUGAAUGGGAACUCCCUCUUCCGUGCCAAAACCGCGCCGCCAUUCGCCCCGUCUGAGGAGACGAAGACGUACCUUGACCCAACUGUCCGAUUUACGUGUUAA